CUUGGAAUUACAAAUUAUUUACUGAGUGAAGUCGGUGAAAUCUGAAAAUAAUCAUUUACAGCUAGUAGAUUUUAUAAAAGAUGUCUUUUUUCGGUGUAGGAAAUCCUUUUGCCUCUCCUGUUGGUCAAAAAAUAGAACAAGCUACCGAUGGUUCUCUUCCGUCUGAGAAUUGGGCUCUAAACAUGGAAAUAUGUGAUAUAAUUAAUAGUACUCCUGAUGGACCUAAAGAUGCCAUAAAAGCUAUUAGAAAAAGGCUGACCCAAAGUGCAGGAAAGAAUUAUACAAUUGUCAUGUACACAUUAACUGUGCUAGAAAGUUGUGUAAAAAAUUGUGGAAGACCAUUUCAUGUGAUGGUUUGCAGUAAGGAAUUCAUAUCUGAAUUGGUGAAACUCAUUGGACCAAAAAACGAUCCACCGACAGUUGUUCAAGACAAAGUACUGAGCCUUAUACAAUGUUGGGCCGAUGCUUUUCAGACCCAACCAGAGUUACAGGGAGUUGUGCAAGUAUACAAUGAGCUGCGGACCAAAGGCGUCGAGUUUCCGAUGACAGACCUAGAUGCAAUGGCGCCUAUAUUUACACCGCAGAGGAGUGUCCCGGACGGUGCGGAGCCUGGUCUGGGGUCCCCGAAACGAGCUGCGCUGCCACAGAACUCACCACUCAGAACUAUCCACGAAGAUAACACCAGCACGUGUGCCCCUCGUAUAUUUGAACAGCAUCUAUCUGAGAGUCAGAUCGCCAAGCUGCGAGCUGACCUGGCCGUGGUGGACGGCAACAUUGGCGUGAUGAACGACAUGCUGAACGAGCUCACAGCGCAGCCCUACAACCAGCAUCACGACUCCGACAUACAGCUCCUUAACGAGCUGGCGGAGACCCUGCGUGCGAUGCAGGCCCGCGUGGCCCAGCUGGCAGGCCGCGUGGCCGACGAGUGUCCGCUGACGGCGGCGCUGCUGGCCGCCAACGACCAGCUUCACAACCUGCUGCUGCGACACGCGCGCUUCGACAGCAACCGAAAGGCGGCGGUGGGCGGAGCUACGCCGGUGGAAAUACUCGGAGCGGCGAUGGGCGUUCCGAGAAACACUGCUCCUCCAAAGAAAGAAGAGGAUGCCCUGAUCGACCUCAGCGAUGAUGUACCGGACCUUGCUAAAUUGAGUGUGACGGAGACACCAGCCGGGAAGUCACCGAGCGGAUCGAAGGACGAGUUUGACAUGUUCGCACAGUCGCGGAACGUGACCUACGAGACGGCCAAGACUGGUGGAAGUAGUUAUGCUGACAACUUGGAGGACCAGAGCUCGGCCAGUCUGGCCACUGCUGCGCAGAGACAUGCCCCGGGGCAACCACUGCCCACGGGAAUGGACCAACGGGAGAUAGAUGAGAUAUCGGCUUGGUUAGAGCAGGAAAAGCAAGCGGCUACUGAAGCCAACGGUGCCCAAGAGAGUGUGACCAGCAGUGACUUCGACAAGUUUCUAGCGGAGCGGGCCGCGGCAGCCGAUAACCUUCCCAGUGUCGCUGAGAAUAGAGCACAGAAUCCCGCGACGCCGCGGCACCGGCACAUCAACAAAGACGAGAACGACUCCAUGUUCGCGCUCUAAAUACUGCUCGUGGUAACAUUGCUUUCAUUAUCAACUGCGACACGCCUGCUGAGUGCUACUGACUAACACUUACUCACGGUGAUCAAAUGUACUGCUAGACAUCGCUCUGCGUUAUUCGACCCUAAUUAGUAAUAUAUAAACACAAUAUAAAUGACAAAAUAGGAUGUAACAUCACUUAUUGAAAGUCAAAAACUUCCACCCAUUCGCGCAACAAACUCAGCGGGCUUUUUUAAUUUCAUCAAAAAAAUAUGUUUACAAAGUAAUAUCGUACAAUUUAAUUUAUUAUUUAAUAGCCUGAGGGCGGUCGCUCCAUUUCCAAUAUCAUUAAUAAAGUCAUUUAUGUUAUAGUAACCUUUAUCACACAAACUUUCUUUCACAAUUCUUUUGAGUGUCGUAAUACUUUUGUUUUGAACAUUUUCUGGGAUCUUGUUGUAAAAGCAUAUACAUCGCCCCACAAAAGACUUACUAACUCGACUUAGUCGAGUAGUAGGCAUUAUGAAUUCUGGUGAUGAUUAGAAAAACGUAGACAAUUUCUCUCCGUACUUUGAGUAGUCUGUACUUUGUGUGCAGGCAAGUCGUAAAGCAGGACUGCAGUUUUAAAUAUUGUAUGAAUCGAAAUAGUAUAUUGUGAUAGAAGUUAGCUAAGUCGCUCAGUAUACACCAGGCUGUGGGUUGCAGUAAUUGUAAAUCAGCCGAGUGUCUUGUGAGCAAGUUGGUAGCGAGUUUGUUGGUUACGAACUUUUGCACACACACAAAAACAAACAUUUAAGUUUAAUUAUUUAAACAAUAAUUGGUGAAUGUACAAUUUUCAAAACGAUAUUGGAUUGUUUUUUAUAACAAUUUCACUGUGUGUGUUACAUUGCCACUUCUUUAGUACCUACAUUUACUUAUUGUGUUAUUUAAAAAAUUAUUAUUGUGGGAAAUACCGCCCAAUUGUUUUCUGACCGCGCCAAAUCCGUAAUGAUUGAGUACAUAUAUAUUUUAUAAUAUAAUAUUGCAUGUGAAUUAUUAAUAAUUUGAUAAUAAUAAAUGUUUUUUCGCCUUAAUUGGGAACACAUUUAUUUAUUCCAAUAAUGUAAUGGACUUUCAGUGACAUAAAACCUCUUUGGUGUAACAAAAAACUGUAUUAUCCGGUUAAAUUAAAAAUUCUCUUUUUAUUCUCAUAUAAUUUGUUACGUACCUACCGACUAACUUUGUAGGGAUAAUUCUAUUAUGCACUAGUGUGUUAUUAGUUAGGUUUAUGGCCCUAAAACCGAUGUAAUAAGGCUCACUUUACGAGAAAUUUGGUCGAAAAGUAUUUUAUCACCGUGAGUUUAUAAUUACUGCAUGAUAAAAUACAACCUGUAUUAUUAAUAAACGCAUUGUAAAGUUACUCCAAGUUCACAAAGUUACACAAAUGUAAGAAAAAGACAAAAUAGUUUUCACCUUGGAAAUACUGACACAGACUUAAGUUCACACGCGAAAUUAUAACACAACUGUAUUUUGCACAUUAACCUUAGUUUAAGAUUAAGUCUUAAUGAAGUAUAUUAUCACAGACAUAUAAGAAGGAACGUCUAUUUUAAAUAAGAAUUUAUUUAAAUAUCAAUAUAAUUAAGCGUUAUCUUGAGCUCCUCCAUUGCUAAUUCCGCUGAGUUUCAUAAAAUCUCUUCACGUAAAGAAAAUCAGUCAAAUAGACUCUCGUUUCUUACUGUGAACUAAACUUAGCAGUAUUAACGCUUUAGAUCGUCAUAAACCGUAAAAUUUCGGUUAAACGAGAACAAAACCGAAUGAAAAGAUCUCGAUGUACUUAGAACGGUUAGAAUUUGUUAGGUUUUCAUGCCAUAAUAGGUACCUAUAAUGGGUGUAAGCGGGAUACUAAAAUAUAAAAAUUGAUUUGCGUAAAAAAAUCAAUUUACCUACAUACUUUGUUACAUACAAUAAAAUAUUUCUGUUCUUUCUUAUAUGUAUGUGAGGAACAAUAGUUUUAAUAUUUGUAUUACCUGUAAAACUCUUGAGUUUAUAAAAAAAAAUACUGUUAUAAUAGUAAGGGGAUCGACACACAGAAAACGGAUUCGCAACAUUUGUAUAUCAAUCUGGUGUAUGUACGAAAAAUACAAAUAAUUAAAUUUAUAUUUCUUGUCAAAGGUUUAUGUCAAAUUUUAUGUUAACAGUAACGUGUACUUUAACAUAGACUGCGGAAUGUGUUGCACCAUCGUAUUCCUUGACAUAGUUAAAGUUAAAAAGUGAAAUAUCAAUUUUAUAUAUAUUUAUUUGAAACUUUUGACAGGUCGCAGGUCAGAUAUUUAAUAUUAACAUUAGCUUUGACCGGUGAAGAUUGAACGGUUAAUAGUUAAAGUUAUGAUGUCAUCGAAAAAUUGUCAAAUCGUACAACACAUUUUUUUUUGCUUAAUCGGUAACUUUAUUAACAUGUUAGUUAUUGCUAUUGUUAGUUGGUGCAACCCAGCCUAAGAUUCGUAUGCUUGUGAACUAACCGUUUUGUAAGUAUUUAUCAUUAACCAGUAAUAAUAAUAAUAGUGACUUAGAAGUUGUGUUAUAAUUAAAAAUACUUUUGAAGAAAUAAAUUCUUAAUGGGCAUGUUUUGAUUUUUGUAGGAGCUAUGUUUUAAGUGCUACUUCGCGACCAGUAUUAUGGAAUUACGUUAUUAUCGCGUAUGUUUGGUGUUCUGUGUGAUGUGUGCCUUAGAACGUUCUCGACCAAUUUGAUUAACUCGGAAAAUGUGAAAUAUCAAUAAAUGUUUCAAUGCCAUACGAUAACUUGAUACAAAGUAUCGCCACACGUUAUGAAUAUGUUAUAAGUAUAUAACUUAGAUUAUUAUAUGUCUAGAUAGACGACGACAGCUGUGAAAACGACCAAAAAAAUUAAGGUUGACUGUUAACUUCUAUUUUGAGCAAUGCACGCACACAAACACAAAGUAGAAAGACGUAACUUGUCAUUCACACUAAAGGAAUCAAUCUGGCCUGUGUUCUUCGGUUGUCUAGCAGUAAGAGGCUUUAUCUAGACUUAUAAAUUAUCUAAGGCACAUUAUUAUUUUAAGUUGGAAUCUGUUAUCUUUUGUCUCCCUCACAAACCAUCACUCAGACAAAGGACAAAAUUUGGAAAAGAUUUUGUUAAAAAAAGUAUUUUUAUAAUACAUAUAUGAAAAAUUGGUUUACAAAUUAUUUGGACAUUACAUUGUCAUUUUAAAAAUUACGAAUAGGAAUAAUCUUAUUAAAUUAUUAUUUAAAUAACACGAAUUCCAUGUUGAACUAUUAUGUAAUAUAUUAAUUUUUAUUAUUAUUAUUAAGAUUUAUUUUUACAAUUGUUUAAAAUGAGUUUAAACGACUAAUUUACAAAAUUAUAAUCGUCGAACAUUUUUAUUGCGUGAAAUGAAAUGUUUAAGUUUAUUUCGAUAUAUUAUUUUGUAGUUAUAGUUUUAUCUAGAAUUUAUCCCCCCGAAAUAUUUAUUAAUAACUGAGUUAUUAUGCAAGAAUCCAUUGUUAUCGCGCAAGCAGACAAAUUAAUUUAUCAAAAGUAUUUUACAACAAUGUAGAUAAUUCUCGUUUAAUAUAUCCAUUGCUACUAUAUUCAAAGUGCGGUAUAGAUGUCUUUAAGUGUUUUUGUUAUUGACGUAAGAACGCCGUUAAUCAGUAAGUUCGUGUCGAUAUCAUUCUCAUUAGCAUUCAAACCCGAAUAAGAAAAAUGGGAAAAACGCUUUUUUCUUACAAUAUUUUCCGUAUAACGCAUGAUUUCUCGCAUCCCCGGUAUAUCAUUUUUGUUCGCGCUACAAAUAUACUAUAGUCUAGUAACGGUAAAUACUCACAAAACAACAGGAGAUAUAUUGAAAUGAUAUAAAAAGGGUGACGUGAUUAAAAGAAGAAUUAAAGACGGCGUGUGGUUGAGACCACAUUUACAAAUACAACCACAGUAAUAGUCGCGGGAGUUGAAUGCAGUCGGGGCCUGGGGAGUGACACAGGAGUACAGUGAGUGUAGUGUUGUGUCGUAGUCGUCACUCACCGUGGUAUCACGUUAAUACUAAAGUUUCGAAUCCAAUGUUUUUUUUUUUUAUUUUAAUAAUGAGUGAUCCAAGACCAUAAAUACCGUUCCAAAAAAAUUUUUUUUUCAUCGCCAAGCACGAGAAAUGCUUUUAGGAAGAGAGGAAAGGAGGAGGAGAGAGGAAAGCCAGAACAAAAAUUUGAGAUUUAUUUAAAAGGUUAAAAUCAUGAAAAUACUAAUAAAAUAUUUUUUCCAUCAUUUUAAUUUAGUGUAAAAUGGUAAACUUGAAGCAAUGUUUAAAGAAGAACAACCAAUUUGGUAAUGGCUUUUAUAUUUAUCAAUUUUAUGUAUAUUAUUCUACGAUUUAUAACGAGUUAAAUGAAGAGUCGUAGCUAGUGGAGAAAGUUUAAAAAUUUUAACUAAAUAGUUUGGAAGAGAAUCGAGUUAUUAUUUAUCAAUUAUGUCAUUACAAAAAUAAAUAAAUACAGAAAUAUGUCUAAUAUAACUUAUCCACAUGAACGUACUAGUCGUUUUUUGGUAUUCAGCUACCUAAAGUAUCAGCUAAUAAAGGUAAAAUUUAUUUUAUUAUGGUUAUCAUCUCGAUGUGGCUCAUAGUAAAGUCUGAAAUUGAUAUCAUGAUAUAAGAUUACUCUGCAUUCAACUCAAGUGUUAUCUGUACUCUUAUUCUGAACUAAUUGAGUACUAACAUUUACAAUAUAUAUAAUUAUGAUUGUUUAUAAAUAACUCGUAACUUUUGUUGUGGCUGGUUGCUGGCUAAGUCUACUGCAGCGCCUAAAAUUUUCAUAAAACAAGGCUAGUGUUCGAUUGCGUGUUUAUGUAGUAGGUUUAUGCGUAUGGGUAUAGAUAAAGUCUUGUAUGCAACAGUUGGUAGUUGCUUAUUAAAACACAACACUCAUGUAAUGCUAUUAUCACCCAAUAAAACCCACCCAACCGAAACCAUAUUCGUGUUUUAAUACCUCUUAUUACACAACAGUUACAUAAAUGUAACUAUUACUACUUUACUGUUAACGGCGCCUAUUUCUGCCGUGAAGGCAGUAAUGUGUAAACAUUACUUUGCUUCGGUCUGAAGGGCGCCGUAGCUAGUGAAAUUACUGGGCAAAUGAGACUUAACAUCUUAUGUCUCAAGGUGACGAGCGCAAUUAUAGUGCCGAUCAGAAUUUUUGGGCUUUUCAAGAAUCCGGAGUGACACUGAUUACAUUGGUAAUGGGCAGGGCGUAUCAAUUACCAUCAGCUGAACGACCUGCUCGUCUCGUCCCGUAUUUUCAUUAAAAUAAAAACACUCGUCCCAAUUCGACUGUGAACAUAAAAUCAUUGCACUUUUGCCGUUGCAUUGGCUCCUGCUUUUAAGUGUUUUCAUAUAGCGUAGACGAUAUGUAGUGUUGCCAUUAAAUCCGUAUUUUAUAGAGAUGUAUUUAAUCUGUGAUUGUAUUUAUUCAAUCAAUAAUAUAAAUCAUUUUUACGUUAGUUUACGUACGGGAAAUAUGUGAUAUUAUGUUAUUUAUGUAAUUAUAUCUAUACAAAAUUAUGUAAUAUUCUUUCAAUUUACAUAUUUGUCUUCAAAAGUUGUUUGUUUUGGCAUUUGAUAUAGGUAACUUAUAGUGGCGCCCUCUGUCCUAACAUUAAAUAAUUUAAUGUCAAUUUACACCUGACAUUGCCUUUGUUCCAUACGCUGAAAUAAUUAAGGUAGUGGUGAAUAUUCGCAAAAUAAAAUAAUAUUAAUAAAUGUGAUAUGCAAUAGAACAAGCUUCGUGUUAUUGAAUUUUAACGUUAUAUUAUGUUUUAAGCGUUGUGUUUAGGAUAUUAUAAUAAAAUAAUAACUUAA